CUGUGAAUUCUUGUAGAAGAUUGAUAGCUCUGCCAACAUUUGUCCUCAAUAGAAGAUGGGUGGAUUAAUUUCAAGAUGGAGGCAGGCAAAGCCUUCCACUGUAGAAGUAUUAGAAAAAAUUGAUAAGGAAAUACAGACAUUAGAAGAAUUUAGAGAAAAAAAUCAGAGGCUACAGAAACUAUGGGUUGGAAGGCUGCUUUUCUACUCUUCACUUCUUUACCUUAUCACGUGCUUAAUUGUAUAUUUGUGGUGUCUUCCUGAUGAAUGGACAGCAAGGUUAAUUAUGACACUUCCAUUUUUUGCAUUUCCAUUGAUAAUCUGGUUUAUAAGAACACUGCUCAUUUUUUUCUUUUCCAAAAGGACAGAAAGGAAUAAUGAUGCGCUGGAAGAUUUAAAAUCUCAAAAGAAAAAAAUACUUGAGGAAGUAAUGGAGAAGGAGACGUACAAGACUGCGAAGUUAAUCCUCGAAAGGUUUGAUCCAGAAUCAAGUGCAAAGGAGGCUGAGCUGCCAUCUGCUGGAACAUCUGCAACCCCGAGACCUGGACAAGAAAUUCGUCAGAGGACCACAGCUCAAAGAAAUGCUUCUACACCCCAGCCUGUGACUCCUAAACAAGGCUCUCCAAAAUCACUUGUUCCAGCAUCUCCUAAUCUGCAGAGGGACACAUCAGGUCUUAGUGGACCCGUAGAAAGAACUGUUGUGCCAUCUUUGCAGUCAAAUGUUUUACCAAGACGCCCUGGAUCCCCUGCUACUUCAGUGCCUGGAAUGG